AUGACAGUAUCACGACUGCUCGUGCCGCUGCUGGUCCUGGCUGGACAGUCGCUGGCGGGCAACUUUACCAUUUCCAACGGCCAGAUCUUCACCCCUGGUUUCGUUGUGCUAAAUGCCCCUCAACCAGACACUCCUUUGGGAGGUGACACGCUACAUAUCUCCAUCGACGUGACGGCUAACGGCAAGCUGCCGCUGCCACCAUACGAAGAAGAUGCCCCCAGCCAGAUUUUCAGCAUAGAGAUGUUUCUCUACAGUUACACCACGGGACGCAACUUUACCAUCUCGAAUGGCACGGCUAGCGCCAACAACGCGAGCCUCGGCGAAAUCAUGGCGCAGGAACCCGACAGCACCGUGAAGCACGUCAACUGGGUCUGGCCCGAUUGUUUAGUGGGCGACGGCAAGCCAGAGGAUGACGAGAGCGACCGGGGCAUUUAUAAUAUCUCCAUCCGGCAAAAUUUUAGACUCAACGGCGACGACUACUAUACCAUUUUCGACGUCCCUAUUUCCGUCACUAAUUCGAUCGAAGAGGAUGACGAUCGCCCCUCUUGCGACGACUUGUCCAAUGAGCUGCUUCCAUAUGAAGAUGUCGACGCAGAGACGGCCAACGAAGUCGGCGUACUGUUUGCCCCAGGAGAUGCGACAGAGGUUGAGGCGGGGGACAAGGACUCUGGGGCGUCGAUCGCCAAUCUGGGGUUGAUGGCAUAUGCUGGGGGGUUGGCGGGCAUAAUGGUCGCAAUCCUGUAA